GGUGCCUGCAUUAACUUCCCUCUCUACACUCCCACCUAGAAAGCAUAAAUAAAUAUAUUUGCUUAUAUAUAUACACAUACACAUAAACCCAGUUCUUAUCAAUAUUGAAGCAAAUCUCUGAACAUGGCUAAUGAAAGAGAUCUCUUGUCUACAGAGAUUGUUAACCGUGGAAUUGAGUCCACAGGACCGAAUGCUGGCUCUUUGACAUUUUCUGUUAGGGUUAGGAGAAGAUUACCUGAUUUUCUCCAAUCUGUUAACCUAAAGUAUGUGAUGUUGGGUUACCAUUAUCUUAUCAACCAUGCCAUUUACUUGGCUACUAUACCUGUUUUGGUGCUUGUUUUUAGUGCUGAGGUUGGGAGUCUUAGUAGGGAAGAACUGUGGAAGAAGCUUUGGGAAGAUGCUCGUUAUGAUCUUGUCACUGUUCUUUCUUUCUUUGGAGUUUUUGUCUUCACUGUUUCUGCUUAUUUCAUGUCCAAGCCAAGGUCUAUUUAUCUGGUAGAUUUUUCUUGUUAUCGCCCAAAUGAUGAUCUCAAGGUGAGCAAAGAUGAAUUGAUGGAGAUGGCAAGAAUGACGGGGAAAUACGAUGAAGCAACUCUACAGUUUCAGAAGAGAAUUCUACAGUCAUCAGGAAUAGGAGAUGAAACCUACAUUCCUAAAGCGGUAAUGUCACAAGAGAAUUGUGCGACAAUGAAAGAAGGUCGUUUUGAGGCAUCAACAGUAAUGUUUGGUGCACUUGAUGAGCUAUUUGAGAAGACAAGGGUCCGUCCAAAGGACAUAGGAGUCCUAGUAGUGAAUUGUAGUAUUUUUAACCCAACCCCAUCACUUUCUGCUAUGGUGAUUAAUCACUACAAAAUGAGAGGAAACAUUUUGAGCUAUAAUCUCGGUGGUAUGGGUUGCAGUGCAGGAAUUAUAGCUGUGGACUUGGCCCGCGACAUGUUGCAAGCCAAUCCCAAUAACUAUGCUGUUGUAGUUAGCACUGAAAUGGUGGGAUAUAACUGGUAUCAAGGCCGGGAACGGUCCAUGAUGAUUUCUAAUUGCUUUUUCAGGAUGGGUUGCUCUGCCGUGUUAUUGUCAAAUCGCCGGCGAGACUACCGCCGUGCUAAGUACCGCCUUGAACACAUCGUUCGGACACACAAAGGAGCUGAUGAUCGUAGUUUCAGGUGCAUUUACCAAGAAGAAGAUGGACAAAAAUUCAAGGGACUCAAAGUGAGCAAAGACCUCAUUGAAAUAGGAGGAGAAGCACUCAAAACCAACAUAACCACACUAGGACCUCUAGUGUUGCCUUUCUCAGAACAGCUUCUCUUCUUUGCCACCUUAGUUUGGAGCCACUUAUUUGGGAACAAGAACAAGAACAACACGAAUGGAGCUUCACCCUCUCCAUCAUCAUCAAAACCCUACAUUCCUGAUUACAAGCUUGCAUUUGAGCACUUCUGUGUCCAUGCAGCGAGCAAGACUGUGUUAGAUGAGAUACAAAGAAACCUUGAACUGAGUGACAAGAACAUGGAGGCAUCAAGAAUGACACUGCAUAGGUUUGGCAAUACUUCUAGUAGCAGUAUAUGGUAUGAAUUGGCUUAUGUGGAAGCUAAGGAGAGAGUGAAAAGAGGAGACAGGGUUUGGCAAAUUGCGUUUGGGUCUGGGUUCAAGUGCAAUAGCCUGGUUUGGAAGUCUAUGAGACGUGUCAAAAAGGCUAGCACCAAUCCGUGGUUUGAUUGCAUCGACAGAUAUCCUGUGAAUAGUGCUUUGACGGGCUAGGAUUUUAGGUAUAUGGGUAUCAAAUUGAAUAUGGAAACUGGGAUUGUUUGUGCUGCUUCUGUUUUUAUUUUUCAUUUACCAUCUUUGAAAUGAAAUUAGAACAUCUGGAAAUAGUUCCAGGUAAAUUGAUAUUAUGGGUUUAACAUAUAGAUUCUUCUUUUAAGAAGAAUGUAAUAACAUUACUAGUUAGUUAAUUUGUCAAAUUUAUAGUUGAAGCUUUAGAUUUGAA